AGAGAUAACAAACAUGGAGCGAACAAGUAGCAUUAGGAGAAAAGCCAUGGGUAGACAACACAAGGCUGAAGUCAUGAUUGCUGGAGAACAACUCAGGUUGAGACUUCACGAUGGAAAACAGAUUAAGGAGCGACGCUACCACCUGCGCACGUAUCCCAACUGUUUCGUCGCACAGGAGCUAAUAGACUGGCUGGUGAGCCAUAAGGAAGCUCCAGACAGAGCAACAGCUGUCUGUCUCAUGCAGCACCUCAUGGACCAUGACAUUGUUCAUCACGCCUGUGAUAAGAGGUCAGUGUUCAAGGAUGCCAAACUGCUGUACCGCUUCCGGAAGGAUGAUGGCACAAUUCCCUUUAAUUUAGAAGUGAAGAUCUUCAUGAGAGGACAACGGCUGUAUGAACACCUCAUAGGGGAGAAGAACUCCUUUCUGCAGCUGAGAGAGGAGCAUGGUGUUGCAUAUCAGCGUGCCUUUCCUGGCUGUCAGUUGAUUGACUGGCUCCUUCAGAACGGAGAAGCAGAGAGCCGGCGCCGGGGCGUGGAGUUGUGCCGUGCAUUGCAGGAGCAUGGCAUCAUUCAGCAUGUGGCAAAUAAACACGACUUCUUCGACAGUGGAGUGCUCUAUCAGUUCUGCAUCAAUUUUCGCCGCAGACGCCGACUAUCUGAACUUUUAAAUGAAGGCGAAGAAGACAACGACACUGAAGGUGUGGUGGUGUCGACACAAGAAGACAACCACUCAGACAGUCCAUUUGUUGUGCGCAAAAACCCACCCCACGAGGGCAACAGUGCUUUCAACUCUGUGGGGUCGAGUACAGACCUGAAACUAGCUACAAGUGGGCGCAGGGGCAGCUUGAAUUCCCUUCAGCUUCACUCUGCUGGAUUUCCACCUCUUGCCCAGUUAUCCUCCGCCUCAGUGGUGAGAUGCAACCCUAAAUCAGGCGAGUGCAUAGUUCAUGUUCAUCUGACUACAGUCUUAGUUUUUAGUAUAUUCAAAAUUGCUUGUGAAAGUGUGCAAACUAAAUCUUUUCAUGAUUUUACAGUCCUUGCAAGACACGUUACAUGUGAAGAAUUAUUGGCACCUGGUGCACCCUUCAUCAAGAAAGUGUUGACGGUGAUAGGAGACCCCCUGGGCUGGGGUUUUGUCGUCAGAGGCCGGGCUCCCUGUUAUGUGCAGGCCGUUGACCCUGGAAGUCCAGCAGCAGCUGCUGGAGUUAAGGUGCAGCAGUUUGUGUGCCAGGUGAACGGACAGUGUGUUCUCGACCUGGACUACAGGACCAUGACCAGGCUGGUGAUGACUGGACCUCGCACUGUUGUACUGGAAGUGAUGGAACCACUGGAAUGACAAGACAUCUUCUGGAUUUUAAAUAUAAUGUUGUUGAACAUAUUUCAUAGGGGGCAGAGGUCAUGUGCUCAUUGACAGAAAACAAACAAAUCAGAGAAAUGUUUAUCUUGGCUGGAGCAAGAGUAAACAAUGCAAAUGGUUGUGUUUUUACGGACCUGAAUGCCCGAACAAUACUGUAUGUUUUUAUAACUGAAAAUAAAGCACUGUAGUAACAGAA